AUGCUGGAAACCUACAGCAGCCUGGUGUCUUUGGGGUACUGCAUUAGUGAACCUGAAGUGAUCCUCAGGUUGGAGAAAGGAGCAGAGCCACGGAUGAUAGAAGAACACCCAAACCUUGUCAUUUCAGAUUUCCAGGUAGUUAAUGACCUAAUUGAGAGCAGCCAAGAAAGUCAUGGUAGAUACUUGUGGCAAGGUGUAAUCCUCAGUGGGAACCGAUCAACUGAGGAGAGAGUUGAUUUAGGAAAAUCAUUUAAUUUGAGUUCAAAGAAUAUUUUAAAUCUGGUUAUAAGUAAUAGAACCUAUUCAGGAGUGGGCCAUGAGGAAUUUAAUGUAUGUCAGAGUACACUUCUUACAGAGACUGAUGCCAUGCAUGCUGGAGAGAAUUCUGAUAAGCAUAAUAUAAUUGGGAAGUCACAGAGACAUCCUGAGAAUCUAAGUCAGCAUUCCAGGUUUCAGACUGGGCAACCUUUUGAAUUUAGUGGAAAAGGGAAGUUCUCCAACACAGUGCCAAUAAUACUUACAUAUGAGAAGAUGCAUAUGGGUGAGACCACCUGUAAAUAUAAUGAAUAUGGAAAAGCCUGUGAUAAGUCAGCUGCCAUUGCCCAAGAGAUAACUCAGAGAAUUCACAUAAGUGAGAAUCCAUAUGAGCGUGAAGAAAGUCAAAUUUUCUACAGUAAGGCAAAACUCAAAAAACAUGAGAGAAUUCACAUUGCUGAGAAACCAUUUGAAUGUAAGAGAUGUGGAAAAACCUUGUACCAGAAUUCAGACUUCAGCAAGCAUCAAAGAAUUUUUAAGGAAUGUGGAAAAUGUAACCAAAAGUCAAAUCUGAAGACAACUCAGAGAAUUCACACAGGUGAGUACCCAAAUGAAUGUAAAGAAUGUGGGGAAGCUUUUAGCCAAAAGUCAGCUCUCCACAGGCAUGAGAGAAUUCACAAAGACAAGACACCAUAUGAAUGUAAGGAAUGUGGAAAAGCUUAUAACAAAAAGUCAGCCUUCAGCAUGCAUGAAAGAACUCACCCAGGUGAGAAUCCCUAUAAAUGUAAUGGAUGUGGAAAAGUUUUAAACCAAAAGUCACAUCUCAGCAGGCAGGAGAGAAUUCACACAGGUGAGAAAACAUAUGAAUGUAAAGAAUGUGAAAAAGCUUUUAACCAAAAGUCAUGCCUCACCAUCCAUCAGAGAAUUCACACUGGUGAGAAACCAUACGAAUGUAUAGAAUGUGGAAAAGCUUUUAACCGAAAGUCCACCCUCAGCAUGCAUCAGAUAAUUCACACAGGUGAGAAACCGUAUGAAUGUAAAGAAUGUGGAAACACUUUUAACCGAAAGUCAAACCUCAGCAUCCAUCAGAGAAUUCACACAGGUGAGAAACCAUAUGAAUGUAUAGAAUGUGGAAAAGCUUUUACACGAAAGUCAUUCCUCUGCAUGCAUCAGAGAAUUCACACAGGUGAAAAACCAUAUGAAUGUAAAGAAUGUGGAAAAGCUUUUAACCAAAAGUCAUCCCUCAACAAGCAUCAGAGAAUUCACACAGGUGAGAAACCAUAUGAAUGUAAAGAACGUCGAAAAGCUUUUAAGCAAAAGGGAAUCCUCAGCAUGCGUCAGGCAACUCACACAGGUGAGAAACCAUAUGAAUGUAAAGAAUGUGGAAAAGCUUUUAACCACACGUCGACCCUCAGUAGGCAUCGGAGACUUCACACAGGUGAGAAACCAUAUGAAUGUAAAGAAUGUGGAAAAGCUUUUAGCCAAAAGUCGACCCUCAGUAGGCAUCGGAGACUUCACACAGGUGAGAAACCAUAUGAAUGUAAACAAUGUGGGAAAGCUUUUAACCGAAAGUCAAACCUCAGCAAGCAUCAGAGAAUUCACAGGAUACAUCAUUGUACUCACAAACACAACAAAUAUUAUGAGUGUAAAGAAUUUGGAAAAGCUUUUAACCAAAAGUUAAUCCUCAGGUGGCAUCAGAAAAUUCAAACUGGUGAGAAGGCCUACAAAUGUCAUAAAUGUGGAAAAACCUUUAAAAAGAAUCCAAUUGUCAGCAUGCAGCAGAGAAUUCAUACAGGUGAGAAGCCCUAUAAAUGUACUGAAUGUGGAAAACUUAAAAAGUCACACUUUAGAAGACAUCAGGAUAUGCACAGAGAAAAAAAAAAUCCUUAUGAAUGGAACAAAUAUGAUGUCUUUUAUUGGAACUCCCCUUGAUUGACAUAAAAGAAUUCACACAGGGGAAAAUCACAGUGAAUGUAAUUUGUAUGGGAAAAUAUUGUGCCAGAAGUCACAUCUCAAGAUACAUCAGAUAACCUACAUUAAGGAGACCUGUAAAUAUGUACUUGUGUUCAGGUAUUGGGGAAUGUUCUGAGGAUUCCCUAUUGAUAUAAAAAUUUGCUGAUGCUCGAGUCCCUUCUUCAAAGGGUGCAGUGUUUGUGUCUUAUCAAUACAUGUCCUGCCAUGUACAUUACUUAAGAUGUUGGGGAAAAUGUGAGUACUCUGUAAAUAGUUGUUAUAGUGUGUUUUUUUUUUUUUUGUAGAAUUGUUUCAUUUAUUUCAUAAUUGGAUUUUUAAAGAUUUUUGAUAAGUAGUUGGUUAACUAAGCAGAUGUGUAAUACUCAUGGAAGGAGGACUGUAAUGAGUGUGAAAACAUCUUUUCUCCAAAGUCUCAAGGCCGGCUAUUGUUAGAGCAUUAUAGCAUUGUGUUGCUUAUAGCAUUGUGCUCAUGACACAGUCAUGCCCCCAUCAUUACAAUCAUCCCCAUACCAGCCACUCACGAAAAAAUAAAUAAAAAUAGAAAAUGAGUCACAUCAUGCAGGCAUUAGAGAAUUUUCACAGUGGAGAAAUUUGGCGUGGAUUAGACUGGCUAUGUGUUUUCUAAAUACAACCACUCUUUUCUCUUGUAUACAUAGCCUGCAGUUUGAGCCUUCUGUGAUUGGGUGGAUGACCAUCUAAUUUGGCUCUGUUCAGCGGAACAUAGAUAUAAGUGAUGAACAUUACUUCCAGGCCAGGCAAUAAAAUAAUGCCAUGCAGUUUUUCCUGAUUUCUCAUGUUCCCUGGGACUGAAUGAAGAUGACUCCUGGGUGGAGCUGGGGUCCACAGGUGGGACAAAUCCACCCUAACUUAAAAUAGAAGGAAUUGAAGAAACCAGAGAU